AUGGUGGCCGCCGUCUUCCGUCGUACACUCUCUUUUCCGAACUCCAGUCUCAGCCGUCCGUCGAAGCCGGCGAAGACCUACCACGUCAGAUCUAUCAGUCUUCCCUGCAGACCACAUCCUUUGAUUUCUCAACUCAAGGAGGAGAUCAAGGAGCUCAGAGCCUGGGAGUCGAAGCUCGGGGAGAGAACAUCGGCUUGGCUCUGCGAAGGGUUGAGCCGACUUAGGACUGUUCACUACUCGCUGGAUGACAUACUCCAGCUUCCUCAAACCCAGGAGCUGCUCCGCCGCCAGCCCGCCGCGGUGGAGAAGCUUCUGGAAGACUUCCUAGGCUUCGUCGACUUGUACGGACGCUUCCAAACCUCCGUUUUGGCGUUGAAGGAAGAACAGUCGGCGGCGCAGGUGGCGAUCAGGAGGAGAGAUGAAUCGAAGGUAGCACUGUUCGUGAAGGCUCAGAAGAGAAUGAAUAAGGACAUGGGCAAACUCGUCUCCACCGUCCGGAGCACCGGCCGGUUUCCGAACGGCGACGGCGAGCUCAUUUCCAUUAUCAGAGAUGUUAAUCAAGUAACAGUGCUGGUAUCGGUGGCUCUCUUCAAUGGAGUUUCUUCAUCGUGGGCGUCUCGAAAAUUCCCGUGGAAAGGAUUGAGGUUGUCGAAGACGGCGAAGAGAGUGAAGGUGGAGGAGUGCAUUCAAGAAUUUCAACAAGUGGGAAUAGAUAUUUUCUGGGGUUUGAAGAAGAAGGGAAAUGAAGAGGUUAGAAUCGAUUUGAAGCGAAUGCAGGCUUUGGAAAAUUGCAUUCGUGGAAUUGAACUUUGCAGUGAAAGGGUGUUCAGGAGUUUGAUCAACACAAGGGUUUCACUCCUUAAUAUUCUCACACAAUAG